AUGACUUCGAUUUUGGAGGUGAUUGUGGAGUUCUUGCGGCUUGGUCGCUUAGGCAAGGCUAUUAGUGAUUUUUUUAUAAGCAUUUUAUGGUCGGGGCUUGGCGGUGGUAGUUUAGUGACUAUGGAGGUAUUGGCAAAGCGCGACAAGGUUGGGGUCUCGGGGUGCUGGAGAUUGGUGAUGAGUAGCGGUAAUGGUGGUAAGGAUAUUGGAGGAGAUAUAGAGGCUACUUGGUUGUGGGUUACUCGUGGGUUAAGAAGGAGGGCUUCAAGCUUUAGUGGCGUGAAGGAAGCUGCUGUAGUGAGGGAGGCUGGAGUGUGGCUAGCUCAUAAGUCUACCCACAAAGUGUUUGAUGAAUCUUUUUUAUGA